CUUGGAAACAACUCCCUCUCUUCAUUUUUCUUCUCUCUCUAGAAGUUGGCCUUUUGCCUUUAGGAAGCAAUCUUCUCUCUCUAUUUUUUCUUUCAAUCAGUAUCUCAUGGGGGAGGUGCAGCAUUAUUUGUAUAUGAAAAGGUCUCGAGCAAAAGGACGAAACUGUCGCUCUUCCUCUUGGAAAUUCUUCAUAUAAACCAAAGACCAGACGCCUUUGUAGAGAGAGAAAGUAAGAGAAACUGGAGCUGUAGAGAGAGACAGUAAGAGUGAGAACUCUGGAAUGGUGGAGUUCAAAUGGAGAGCGAAGAGUGAGACGCGUGAGUCUCGAAUGGAAAGCACCCAACAGAAGCAUUUCUAGAGAGAGAAAGAGGAAGAGAGAAGUGAAGAUUUUGAAGUGGGAAGCUCUUACAAACAUCUUAUUUUGUUCUAUGGGUACUCUCCAAAAGGCUGCUAGUUUCUUUAUUUUUGAGUUCCCUUUAUUCUCAUUCUUUGAAGUUUGAGUUUAGAGGCCAUGGAAGGUGGGAUUCAUCCGGGAACCGAUGCAUCAGCUUUCAGAGAUUGCUUCUCUCUAGCUUGGAGGAAUCCCUAUGUUCUUCGCCUUGCUUUUUCAGCAGGCAUUGGUGGCUUGCUCUUUGGCUAUGACACAGGUGUUAUUUCAGGUGCACUCUUGUAUAUUCGGGAUGAUUUUAAGUCUGUUGACAAGGAGACGGUUUUGCAGGGGGCUAUAGUGAGCAUGGCGGUGGCGGGGGCAAUCAUAGGGGCAGCGAUAGGAGGGUGGAUGAACGACCGCUUCGGCCGUAGGACUUCAAUCUUGACCGCUGAUUUCCUCUUCUUUGUGGGGGCUGUGAUCAUGGCCUCUGCACCAGGCCCUGCACUUCUUAUCGUGGGCCGCAUUUUUGUGGGCCUCGGUGUGGGCAUGGCAUCCAUGACUGCGCCGCUUUAUAUAUCCGAGGCUUCUCCGGCCAAAAUUAGGGGGGCUCUUGUAAGCACCAAUGGAUUCCUCAUAACUGGAGGCCAAUUCUUAUCAUACCUCAUCAAUCUUGCCUUCACUAAGACACAUGGAACGUGGAGAUGGAUGCUUGGAGUUGCAGGUAUUCCGCCACUUGUUCAAUUUGGGUUGAUGUUGUUUCUCCCCGAAUCUCCUCGAUGGUUGUACAGAAAGGGUCGGGAAGACGAGGCCAUUAACAUACUGAAAAAGAUAUAUGCACCCCAUGAGUUAGAGGCCGAGGUGGAAGCACUGAAGGAAUCUGUCGAAACAGAGAUAAAAGAAGAGGGGUCCUCUGAAAAGAUCAACUUCUUAAAGCUCUUCAAAACCAAAACAGUGAGAAGAGGACUGGUUGCAGGUGUUGGGCUUCAAAUUUUCCAGCAAUUUGUGGGAAUUAACACAGUGAUGUACUAUAGUCCAACCAUAGUCCAAUUCGCUGGAUUUGCAUCAAACCGGACUGCUCUCUUACUAUCUCUCAUCACAUCUGGCCUCAAUGCAUUUGGGUCAAUUGUCAGUAUAUACUUCAUAGAUAGAACAGGAAGGAAAAAGCUUCUGGUUAUCAGUUUAGCAGGGGUGAUUCUGUCUUUGGGACUUUUAUCUGCUGUCUUUCAUGAGACCACGACACAUUCACCAAAGGUCAGCAGUCCCGAAACAAUGAAGUUUGCGGGAUAUGUGUGCCCUGAUUAUCAGUCAGCGACAACAAGCUCGUGGGACUGUACGAAGUGCUUGAAGGCUUCAUCACCAGCUUGUGGUUUUUGUGCUUCAGGCCAAAAUAAGCUUUUCCCUGGUGCAUGCUUAUUAUCAAACAACACUGUAGGGAAUCUAUGCCACUCCCAACACCGGCUAUGGUACACAAGGGGUUGCCCCAGCCCAUACGGGUGGCUCGCACUGAUCGGUCUCGCUCUCUACAUUAUCUUCUUCUCCCCAGGCAUGGGCACUGUUCCGUGGAUCGUGAACUCUGAGAUCUAUCCUCUGAGAUUUAGAGGGGUUUGUGGUGGAAUAGCAGCCAUGGCGAACUGGAUCUCUAACUUAAUCGUGGCACAAUCUUUCUUAUCUCUAACUGAGGCUAUUGGAACUUCAUUUACAUUCCUGAUUUUCGGUGUGAUGUCAGUUAUCGCACUUAUUUUUGUGAUAGUUUGUGUGCCUGAGACAAAGGGACUGCCAAUUGAAGAGGUGGAGAAGAUGCUUGAGAAGAGAUCGUUAGGGUCCCAGUUGAAAUUUCGAAAGAAGAGAUCAGCUCAGAUUGAGAAGAACUAAAGAUGACCUUGAGAAGGGGAAGGGGGUGGUGGUGGUGGUGGUUUUUGGGUGGGGGUUGUAUGCAGUGAACGCAUUAUGUUAUGUUGAGGAUUCACACGGUGCAAGGCAAUGUGAUUUCGUAGAUCAAUUGAAAUGGGUGGUUCAGGCUCAAGAAUUACCUUUGGUGUUUUUUGAAGUUCUCCUUGGUCAGAAGUGCUUUACAGUGUGUGUGCAUUGGGUGACAAUGUAACUUAAACCCUGCUAGUUUUGGCAGCCAAAUAGUAUCUUAUAAUAUGAUCAAGAUGUAGUCCAGUACAGUUUGCUCAA